AUGACUGACGACAGCCGGAGGCGGCGGGCGGCAAAGAAGGAGAGGCGUCGGGAGGAACGCCGGCGCGCCUGCCGCAUGGAUGAGAUGCUGGAGCAGUGGGAGAGAGAGAGGCGGGCCACGGCGACGAGCGGCGACGGCGCGCCGACGCCCGCCCCGACGCCACCCACGGAGGCGAUGAGCGGCGGCGACGCCCCGACGUCUGCCCCGACGCCACCCAUGACAGUAUCGGCGGCGGCCGUCGCCGCGUUGAUGGCUGAGAUGGCGGCGGCGGCCAUCGCACCGGAGAAGGCGACGAUGGGGACUGUCCCCACGACAAUGACGGUGGCCGACGACAGGCGCGCGACAGCCCCAACGCCACCGACGGUCACGACCGAGGGCGUCGCCAGCGGCGGCGGGAGUGGAGCCUCCGGCGGCAUAAUAAAGGUCGGUACGUUCUCAGGGGUGGACGAGGAGCCGUGGGAUGUCUUCUUCAGCCGGUUCAGUCCCCCUGAGAUGGCCGGCGGCGAGUAUCCUCCGGGGGAGAGAGGGGACCGCCACCGAGCAGGAGCUCCGGGAACGCCUCGAGGAGCAGUACGGGAUCGACGCUGGGGAGACCGCCAAUCAAGCGGCCCUGAUGAGUCGGCGCAAGGCAGAUGGGGAGAGCUGGCGCGAGUACGCUCGUCAGCUCCGACACUUGGGCCGCCUGGCAAUGCCCGACUUCGGGGAGGACCGGAUCGGGAAGUGGUUAAUGCCGCGGCUACGCCAGGAGAUGCCGGUGGGACACCGAGCCUACGUUCUGGCCCGCGGGUGUGCCACCUUAGAGGACACCGCAGAUCGCGCGGCCGAGUACGACCGGGACGUCCUCUGUGGCGAGCAGCCCCGAAAGCCUACCACGGCCCCGGUCCAGGGGCCGGCGAGGGAGGAGAGAGCCGUGGGAUCGCCGGCGGGAGGCGCUGCCCCGACAGCAGCCGCCGACCAGGUGAGCACGGCUGCACAGGAAAUGCGGGAGAUCACCCAGCUGCUCCGGGAGCUCCUAGCGUCUGGGGGCCUGCGAAGGACAGGGCGCGCAGGGAUGCAGGAUAG